CAUGCAUACUCCCUAAUAGGGAGUAUGCGUAUGAUUUAAAUAAGGGUCAAUUAUUUUUUUAUAUAUUCUUUAUUGCUUUGGAAUUACGCUUAAACCAAAAAAAAUCCGCAUAAUAUCUUUUUAAUUAAAAAAAUAAAUUAUUAAAAGUCCAAAAAACGAGCGGGAAAUUCAAAGUAAUUGAAACGCAACGCUAUUGGUCAUAUUGAAUGUGACGUAAAAGUCUAUAAUAACAGUGUGAACUGAUAUAGCAUUUGCUGUGUUUUUGUAAUCGAAUUAAGUUUAUUGUGGUUUCUAUACAUAUUUGGAGUUAUAUUGCAUUGUUUUGUAAGAAUAAACUCGUAGGAAAAUGACUGAUACCGGUUUUGUGAAGGCACAAUCAGAUAAUCUCCCCAAAAUUGAUGUGUUCAUGAUGUCAACAUUUUUUGCAUCUAAUCCCGAUUUUACGUCUGCUGAAAUCAAAGGAGUGAAAGCUACAAGAUCCGGACGAGAAUCAUAUGGUGACUCAGCCAUUGGAUAUGUUCAAGUUAAACGGGAGGGUAAUAUAUGUAUUGUGAAAGCGCGAAUAACCCCUGAACACAACGUCCGCCAGAAGUGUUACACUGUAACAGCUACCUGUAAUGAGGCUGAAGAAACUGUCAUGUCUGUGCUGUGUGAAGACUGUGCAGCACAUAAAGGAGGCUGUAAACAUGCCAUAGCCUUUUUGGCUUGGCUACAUAGGCGUAGUGAAGACCCUCCAUCCACUAGUGUUGAUUGCUACUGGAAAAAGUCUAAGUUGUCCUCAGUGGGUACAAGUCUUAAGUUUAUUAAGGCAAAGGAUAUUUGUAAUGCAACAAAGACACAGCCAAACCCUGCAUCAACACAGACUUCACAAGAAUCCUUUUUCAGUAUUGUAAAAACAUAUAGUAAGAAAGUUGGUGACACAGAGAAUCAACUCAUGAAAUAUUAUAAAGAACCAAGCAAUUCAGAAAAGUUAUCAAUUCAUUAUUUAGUAAGUAUAACGCAGAAUAAACCGAAAACUGCCGAAGAGUUUAUUGAAUUUUGCAAGCAGAUGAUGCAGACUAAAGCAUGUGAAGAAGCUGCACUUGCAACUUCAGAACAAAGUGAGUGCCCUUUAUGGUAUGAGUUGCGAUAUGCAAGGAUCACUGCAUCAAAAGCGCAUGAGGCUGCACACUGCAAGGUGUUGGAUGGAGCUUUAACCGAAGCCAUCAUGGGAGCAUCAAAACUAAAAGACACAGAUGCCAUGAAAAGAGGAAGAAUGUUAGAAAGUGAAGUCAAAUUAGAGGUAGAAAAAAAUAAAAAAAUAAAAAUAAACAAAUGUGGGAUUAUAUUGGAUCCACUACAUCCCAUUAUGGGUGCAUCACCUGAUGGGGAAACUGCUGAUUAUAGCAUUGAAAUUAAAUGCCCUUCAUCAGAAAAAUCUAUGAAUCAGUACAUUGGAAAAAAUAACACAAUAGCAGUAAAAUUCAUGGCACAGGUUCAGUUACAGAUGCAUUUCUCAAAUAAAACUAAAGCACUAUUUUGUGUAGCACAAAGUGAUUUUGAAGAAUCAAAGAAAGUACAUAUAAUAGAAGUACACUAUGAUAAGGAGUUUUGUGAAAACUUGAUAGAAAAAUGUACUUUAUUUUGGUGUAAGGCAAUUUUUCCUUUGUUAUUUAAAUAGGACAAACUCAAAUAAAACAAA